UUAAAUAACCUCCAUAUGAAUGUUCCAUGUCGGUUUAUACAUAAAAUUAACAAUAAUAAAGCAUUUCCCGACAUGCUGGGUUUUGUUUAAAGGCCUAUCAGUGGCAUUUUCCCACCAAAAUUUGUCUGGAGAACCAAUAACAGAUUAGAUUUACAGUACUGGCCACUGCAACUCAAAUAUGCAAUUAAUUAAAUAUGACAAUCACAACAGAACUGAUGGCAGUGAAUGUUGCAGGAUGUCUGGAUGUUGCAUUCACAAAAAGUGUUGCCAAAAACGCCGAAAUAGAUCUGAUAAGCUCGGUAUAAUUGUCUGUAAUGAUAGGGUGGCGCGUCUUGGACUUGCAUUACUGCGCUUGCAUGUUAAUUAUAGAAAGCCAAGCAAAAAGCUGUGAUCGUGUUUUGGCAUUCGUUCUUCCAGCCCCAACACUAAAAGGAAGUACACACAUUUCCCUGCAGCAGUGCGAGACAUACAUUCAAGUGCAUGCGAGUUACCCAUAUGGCUUUAACAAAGACUUACACAGCAUUUGAGGAUUACACCCAAGAUGUUUUUAACUGGACUGACUACCCUGAUGAGUACGACACCAUCUGUGCUGAGGAGCAGCUCAGCCUGCAGGGCUUCUACGUCGUGUUCCCGGCUGUCCUCUACAGUGUGAUCUUCCUGCUGGGCGUGACGGGGAACGGCCUGAUGAUAACAGUCCUCCUGACUCGCUGGCGUCAGCUGCGCAUCACAGAGAUCUACCUGCUGCACCUCGCCCUCGCUGACCUCAUGCUCCUGAUUACGCUGCCUUUUGAAGUAGUCCAGAGCAUCACCGGUUGGGUAUUCGGGGAGUUUCUCUGCAUGCUCUGGGGUGUGUUCAUGCAUCUGAGCAUCCUCUGUGGGAGUAUCCUUCUAGCUUGCAUUGGAUUUGAUCGGUAUUUGGCCAUUGUUCACGCAAUCCCUAGUAUGCAAAGUCGGCGUCCCAGAGUUGUGCACCUGACAUGCAUUGUGCUUUGGCUUCUCUGUUUGGGUUUGUCAGCACCGAAUGCUGCGUUUCUCUCUGUGGCACGAGAAGACAUGAACUCCUCUCGGCUCUCCUGCUACUAUUAUCGUUACGGUAUAAACGCACAUAACUGGGUUGUGACCAACAGAUUUCUACAUCACGUGUGCUUUUUUGUACCUCUGGCUGCCAUGAGCUACUGCUACACAGCCCUCAUAAUCACUUUGUGCAAGAGUCAGAAAAGCCAAGCCAAGAAAGGAGCCAUUCGACUGGCUCUACUCGUCACGAUUGUGUUUUGCGUCUGUUGGCUACCAUAUAACAUCACCUCACUGGUGCAAACCUUGGUAGACUUUGAGGUUCUUACGUUUAGCAGCUGUGACUUUUUCACCUCACUGCCACCGGCCCUUUUUGUGACACAAUGUCUGGGUAUGUCACACUGCUGUCUGAACCCUUUCUUGUACGCUUUUGUUGGGGUUCGGUUUCGCAACGAGCUGAUACAUUUGCUUUGCAAACUGGGCUGCAGCCGCAUUUGUCUGCCUUUCAUCAGAGCUCAGGGUCACAGCCGACCGUCUGUUUCUGACGGCGUGACGACCAACAGCACCGUCCUCAACUGACAAACUCUGUUCUGCGGUUUUCUACUUGUAUUGAUGUAAAAAGCUCUAAUUUUUAUCAAGCGUUCUGUUAAUAUAGUACCCAUUGCUUCUUUGUCUGCAUUUAAAAUGUUUUAUUCACCCAGUCAAGAGAAAAAAAAUUUUAUCGUUUCACCAAAGUCUGUUUUUUUGCUUGUAUUGUAGCUACUGCUGACUGAACUCAAUAAAGAUUUCAUAUAUUAUA